UAAUUUAUUCAUUCAGAGCUCCGUUCGAAGUUUGAUGGUCCGGUGGAAGCGAACAGCUUCGCAGAGGAAAUAUCUCUAUUCAGUUUGAAGACUCCACUUCCAUACAGAUCUACGGGGAGAGGGAGAGAGAGAGAGAGAGAGAGAGAGAGAGUUUCGCUUCGGUUUCUGAGAAUUUUUGAGGACCAAAAUUUCAGAAUUUUCUUAUCUAUAUAUAUAUUGCGAGAAUUGCGAGACGAGUAUCUGAGAGCUCCUGAAUGAUUCCGGUACACUCGAGGAAACUGCAAUCUUGUCUGUUGAAGCUUUGAAUUUCGAACUACACAGAUCAAAGUAGUUUGAACCGUGAGUAUCUUCAAUUUUCUUAAAAGUCUUCCUUCGAAAGUCGAAGAAUGCGUGCAAGUUUUCACUGAAGUUGUGAAUUCUUCUGUCUAUAGGUUUCAUUUUCUCUGAAAUUGGGUCGAGGAAAGCAUGGAGAGGAUUCUGUUAACUGUCGUGGAAGCAAGCCACGCUGGAGGGCAAUCAGUGCUUACAACAAUGAAGUUUGCAGUUCUGCCCAUUGCAAAGGUUUUCACGAUGUGCUUUAUGGGAUUUCUUAUGGCUUCAAAAUAUGUUAAUAUCUUACCUGCUAGUGGACGGAAGCUGCUAAACGCGUUAGUCUUCUCACUUUUGCUUCCAUGUUUGAUAUUCUCUCAACUUGGACGGGCUAUCUCUUUUGAGAAAAUGCUCGAGUGGUGGUUUAUCCCUUUCAAUGUAAUUUUAGCUACCAUAUCAGGUUCACUAAUUGGUUUAGUCGUUGCAUUAAUCAUCCGGCCACCGUACCCAUAUUUCAAGUUUACUAUCAUACAGAUUGGAAUUGGGAAUAUUGGGAAUGUGCCGCUUGUCCUGAUUGCUGCUUUAUGUAGAGACAAAUCAAACCCAUUUGGAGACUCAAACAAAUGUACCCAAGAUGGGAAUGCAUAUAUUUCCUUCGGCCAAUGGGUUGGUGCAAUUGUGUUAUACACAUAUGUAUUCCAAAUGCUUGCACCUCCACCUGAAGGUACCUUUGACAUUGAGGACAAAAAUCUUCCGAUCAAGGGACCUCCAAAGAUUGGCACUCCUGAGCCUCCAAAGAAUGGCACACCUGAGCAAGUUCCGUUGCUUGUACGGGAGCCUGAGUCAACAGAUACAAAUGCCUUGAACAAAGGAACGAUCAAAAAGUUCUUAGGCUUCCUAUAUGAGAAGUUGAAGCUCAAGCAAAUUCUUCAGCCACCUAUCGUUGCAUCUAUCCUCGCAAUGAUAAUUGGUACCAUACCUGUCUUGAAGCAACUGAUUCUUACAGACGAUGCUCCAUUCUUUUUCUUCACUGACAGCUGCAUUAUUCUGGGGGACGCUAUGAUUCCAUGCAUUUUGCUAGCUUUGGGAGGUAAUCUUGUAGAUGGACCUGGUAGUUCGAAGCUUGGAUUUCGAACAACUGCUGCUAUUAUUUUUGCACGGUUGGUUUUAGUCCCUCCUGCUGGGCUUGGCAUUGUGAUGUUGGCUGAUAAGCUUGGCUUCCUCCCACCUGGUGAUAAGAUGUUCCGAUUUGUUCUUCUCCUCCAGCAUACAAUGCCGACAUCUGUGCUUUCUGGAGCUGUUGCUAGUUUAAGAGGAUGUGGAAGGGAGGCAGCUGCCGUCCUGUUUUGGGUACACAUCUUUGCAGUCUUCUCAAUGGCUGGGUGGAUUGUUCUAUAUCUCAGCAUACUCUUUUGAGAGUUCUGACGUUAAUUUAUGUUGAUACCAUCGUUGAGAAUAGGGUAGGGUGUUUUAUUCGCCCUUUCGAACAUACAAGUGUUGUAUAGGCCUAUGAGGCGCUUAAGGGGCUUUCUGCUCAUUGCCCAUUUUCUUCCAUUAAUCACUCUCGCUCCCUUUUCUUUCCUUCGUCAGGCUUCAAUUAGGAGUUGACGAUGCAAUUGGUAUUCAUAUUUGUCAAUAAUUGUAGGAUGAACCUAUUUUUCGAGUCAUAAUGAUGACCUUGCCAUGUCUUGGAAAAUCUGAAGACCCAGAACACUUGCUGCCCAUCAAGUUCCAAAUAGCUGGUAACGGUGGAAAGUUCACUUCUUUAACUGCGGAGCCAUGCAUCGACACUUGGGCUUGGUUGCAGCUUCAACAACUUCAUAGUGAGAGUAUGCAAUCUUCCGCCGAAGUGGUACAAUGGAAGAGGAACAUGGUUGUACUGUGUUUUUUCAACGUUUUAUUUUGCCACUUACCAACUUUGUUCGACUCUGUACUUGCCUUGUGAGCUGGGACCUUUGGGGUUUAUCUUUCUACAAAGCUCCUCCAUUUGGCACAGCUAGUUUUCAUAGAUACCAUAUGUCAUAAAAGCAGCUCCCAUAAAUAAAUACCUCCACUGUUCACCUUGUGCUUCAACAAUCAUACAUUGUAUAUGUUGAAUGUGGCUGAAAUUCUACAGUUGACUUAUUGGCAAAUAAUCUAGUUGGGGAUC